UGCCUCCACCUCCCUCCCUGAUAGAAGAGAGAAAGAAGAAGAAGAUUCUAGAAGUCACCAGAGAGAUCACUGAGCUGCUGACAGGAGAGGUUCCUAUAAGGUGUCAGGGUGUCACUGUCUAUUUCUCCAUGGAGGAGUGGGAGUAUUUAGAAGGACACAAGGAUCUCUACAAGGACGUCAUGAUGGACAAUCAGCCCGCCCCUCACAUCACCGGAUGGAUCCAGUCAUGGGAACCCACCAGAGAGAUGUCCCCGUCCUCUGUAUUCCCGGGAUUCCACACAGGAAGGUCACACCAUCCCUCACCAUCAUCAGAGUGGAAACCUGAGAGAUCCUAAAGUUGAGGUUAAGGAAGAGAUAAAAGAGGAGGAGGAUGAGGAUGGGGGGAUGGAGGAGUCAGAGCUUCUAAAAGAACACAAAGAUCUUCAUCCAGCUACAGGAACCCACCAGAGAGAUGUCCCCGUCCUCUGUAUUCCCGGGAUUCCACACAGGAAGGUCACACCAUCCCUCACUAUUUCAAGAGUGGAGAUCCAAUCGAUAUAGAAUUUGAGGUGAAAGCAGAAGAAGAAGAGGCGUAUGUGAGGGAUGAUCAGCAGUCUAUGGAGGAGGAUGGAAUAACGGGGACAUUUAUAGAGGAGGACACUCCUACAGAGAUCAGCACAGUCCAUGGCCGGGAGAUGAGGAAAACCUCCGAAGAUUGUCUCACUUUGUCUCCAGACUGGAAAGUAGAAGAUGAGGACAUCACACAGUAUAGUCCAGGAGAAAACCCGGCUCCCUCCAAUGUCCAUCCGACACCACCCAGUGUAGAUGGACCAUCGGAUUCCUCGUAUCCUGAGGAACCUCAGACUGUGCGGGACCGGGCCGGCCUUCCAACAGGGAAGAGCUUCUCCUGUACUGAGUGCGGGAAGGGUUUCCAUUAUAAAUUCCAUCUUAAUGUGCAUAAAAGAUCUCACACGGGGGAGAAGCCGUAUUCCUGCCCUGAGUGCGGGAAGUGUUUCCGUUACAAAUCUGGUCUUAAUAUCCAUAAAAGAUCUCACACAGGAGAGAAGCCUUAUUCCUGUCCUGAGUGCGGGAAAUGUUUCUGUUCUAAGUAUGGUCUUAAUGUCCACAUACGAUCUCACACAGGAGAAAAGCCAUAUUCCUGUUCUGAGUGUGAAAAAUGUUUUAUACUUAAAUCAGAUCUUGUCACACAUCAAAGGCUUCACACGGUGAAAAAGCCAUAUUCCUGUCCUGAGUGCGGGAAAUGUUUUUCACAAAAGUCUGAUCUUUACAGACAUCAGAGAUCUCACACUGGGGAGAAGCCACUUUCUUGUCCUGAGUGUGGGAAAUGUUUUUCAGAGAAGUCAAGUCUUUGCAAGCAUCAGAGAUCUCACACGGGGAGAAGCCAUUUUCUUGUUCUGAGUGCGGGAAAUGUUUUUCAUGUAAGUCCAGUCUUUACAGACAUCAGAGAUCUCACACGGGAGAGAAACCACUUUCCUGUCCUGAGUGCGGGAAAUUUUUUUCACGUAAGUCCACUCUUUACAUGCAUCAACGAUCUCACACGGGCGAGAAGCCAUAUUCCUGUUCUGAGUGCGGGAAAUGUUUUUCAUGUAAGUUCCAGUUUUUACAGACAUCAGAGAUUGCACACUGGGAAGAAGCCACUUUCCUCUCCUGAGUGA